AUGGCUCAGAUACUUCUUUUGAAGGAGGAAUUUCCUCGGGCAAAGGCUUUCAGAUCAACCGUAUUUACAUUACCUCUUAAGUCAAUUUUUGGGAGGUCCAAAUGCAUACUAGAAAUAACAAUCCCCAAGGAAUAUCCAAUCGAGAGAGUGUCAUUUAGGAUGCUAAACCCUGUUCCUCACUACUGGUCUGAUGGAGAUUUGAUUAGGUAUCCGAAGGAGUUGUAUGAGAAGCCACUGGUAGAUGUGGUUUGGGGUGUAGUUUCAAAGUUUGUGGAUUACGACAAGUAUGUCUCGGGCAAAAGGCUACACGAAGAUGAGGGUGAAAAAAAAUUGGUAGAAUCGUUCAAUAAAUUGAAGCAAAACAUCGUUCAUGCGCUUAACAACCCGCCAAAAACUGCCAUUACUCACUUAAAUUCAAUGAGCGAUGAUAGGGUUCGAGAGGUCUUGGAGUCAGAUUCCGAGCUUUUUAAACUCAUUUUCAAGUGUGAAACGCUGAGUGAAGUGGUGAAAUUAACCAAAAAGAGACUAAAUGAGGGAGAAGAACGCCUUUCGACUUCGAUCAGAAAUAUGAAAAAAACUGAAAAUAUUUUCUCAGAUUUGGAAGAAAAUAUUAAAUACAUCAAGCAAAUUUCAACUGGGCACACAUUCAACUUCUCUCUUGACGCAAAGAAAACAAUAGGCAAGACCCUAAAAACAGAAAUUGAGAAGCUUCGUAAGAGGAUUAAAAAUACCAAAGAAUCAGUUCGCUCGGGAAAAAAAAGAUAUAAAGAGGUUAAAGAUGAUCUAUUUGAGCUAUUUAAGAGGGCAAAUUUACUCAACAUUCUUUAUUUAUCUUUGGAAAAUGAACCAGAUUGA